CGGAGCGAGUGUGCGCGGGGGCGCGCGCGCGCGAGCCGGGAGGAGGCUCCCGAGCGAGAAGGUCCUCGCGGCUCAGCCCGCUCCCCCGCGCCCCAUGUGAGGGAACCGGGGAGGCCCGCGGCGCAGGGAGGGCGAGGCAUGUGCACGGGCCGGGGGGUGCAGCAGCCGCCCGAGGAAGAGGAGGACGGCGGCGGCGAGGAGAGCGGGGGGCUCGCGGCGGCGGGCCCGAGCCGAGGGGAUGCAGCGGACCGUGUGUGUCUGGCAGUAGCUGAGUCGAGGCGGCGAGGAGGCGCUGGAGGUCUGCGGGAAGGGCGGCCAGGAGGCGGCGGCGGCCGCCAGAAGUAGCAGCAGGACGGGCGGCGGCGGCGGCGCGGAGACGGCAGCCCUGAAAUGCAUUUUCUUCUCCAGCGGCCAUGUUAGCCAGGAAACCUUCGGCCGCCGCUCCCGCCGCCUACCCGACCGGUAAGGAGGGCCCCGCCGGCCCCCGCCCGGCCCGGGCCAGCCCUCGUGGCGCGGGCGCCCGCUACCUACGGGACCUCGAACAAAGUCUGCGCCGCGGCGGCUCCCGGGCGGACGGCGCGCCGGCCUCGCUCCGCUCAUUGUUGCGCGCGGGCCCCGGGCUGCUCCGAGGGGAGCUUUCCGACCCGGCCGGGCGGGUGGGUUCCUGGCCUCCCACCGUCCGGGCUCGGAGAGGCGGAGGCGCCCGGGCCGGCGGGCCCACCCGGCUCCGGGCCUGCGCCGCCUGCAACGUGGGCCGCCCAGCCGUGCCCAGCGCGGCGCCCGCGGGGUCGCGAACUCGCGCACCCGGGCCCGACCUAACUUUGCAGCGGCCCGAGCCCAGCCCUUGGGCCGAGGAGGGGACAGCGCUGUUCGUCAGCUUCAGGCUUCCCCCGCGGCGCUCGGAGCGGGCCCCCCCCGGAGCGGAGUGGGGACCGGCCCGCCCUCCCCCAUCGCCCUGCCGCCCCUCCGGGCCAGCAACGCUGCGGCUGCAGCCCACACGAUCGGUGGCAGUAAGCACACCAUGAAUGAUCACCUCCAUGUGGGCAGCCACAGCCACGGACAGAUCCAGGUGCAGCAGCUGUUUGAGGAUAACAGCAACAAGCGGACAGUGCUCACCACACAACCCAAUGGGCUUACGACGGUGGGGAAAGCCGGGUUGCCGGUGGUGCCAGAGCGGCAGCUGGAGAGCAUCCAUCGACGGCAGGGGAGCUCCACCUCUCUGAAGUCUAUGGAAGGCAUGGGGAAGGUGAAAGCCACCCCCAUGACGCCCGAGCAAGCAAUGAAGCAAUACAUGCAAAAACUAACCACCUUUGAGCACCACGAGAUCUUCAGCUACCCUGAAAUAUACUUCUUGGGUCCAAAUGCAAAGAAGCGCCAGGGCAUGACAGGCGGGUCCAACAACGGUGGCUACGACGAUGACCAGGGAUCCUACGUGCAGGUGCCCCACGAUCACGUGGCUUACAGGUACGAGGUGCUCAAGGUCAUUGGGAAGGGAAGCUUUGGGCAGGUGGUCAAGGCCUACGACCACAAAGUCCACCAGCAUGUGGCCCUGAAGAUGGUGCGGAAUGAGAAGCGCUUCCACCGGCAGGCGGCGGAGGAGAUCCGGAUCCUGGAACACCUGCGGAAGCAGGACAAGGACAACACCAUGAACGUCAUCCACAUGCUCGAGAACUUCACCUUCCGCAACCACAUCUGUAUGACGUUCGAGCUGCUGAGCAUGAACCUCUACGAGCUCAUCAAGAAGAAUAAAUUCCAGGGCUUCAGCCUGCCUUUGGUGCGCAAGUUUGCCCACUCCAUUCUGCAGUGCUUGGAUGCUUUGCACAAAAACAGAAUAAUUCACUGUGACCUUAAGCCCGAGAACAUUUUGUUAAAGCAGCAGGGUAGAAGCGGUAUCAAAGUGAUCGAUUUUGGCUCCAGUUGUUACGAGCAUCAGCGCGUCUACACGUACAUUCAGUCCCGUUUUUACCGGGCUCCGGAAGUGAUCCUUGGCGCCAGGUACGGCAUGCCCAUCGAUAUGUGGAGCCUGGGCUGCAUUUUAGCGGAGCUCCUGACCGGGUACCCCCUCUUGCCUGGGGAAGAUGAAGGGGACCAGCUGGCCUGUAUGAUCGAACUGUUGGGCAUGCCCUCCCAGAAACUGUUGGAUGCAUCUAAACGAGCCAAAAAUUUUGUGAGCUCCAAGGGGUAUCCCCGUUACUGCACUGUCACGACUCUCUCAGACGGCUCUGUGGUCCUCAACGGAGGCCGUUCCCGGAGGGGAAAACUGAGGGGCCCACCAGAGAGCAGAGAGUGGGGGAAUGCACUGAAGGGGUGCGAUGAUCCCCUCUUCCUGGACUUCUUGAAACAGUGUUUAGAAUGGGAUCCUGUGGUCCGCAUGACCCCCGGCCAGGCUUUGCGGCAUCCCUGGCUGAGGAGGCGGUUGCCAAAGCCUCCCUCCGGGGAGAAGAUGGCAGUGAAAAGGAUAACUGAGACCACUGGUGCUAUCACUUCCAUUUCCAAGUUACCUCCACCUUCCAGCUCCGCUUCCAAACUGAGGACUAAUUUGGCACAGAUGACAGAUGCCAAUGGGAAUAUUCAGCAGAGGACAGUCUUGCCAAAACUUGUUAGCUGAGCUGAGUCCCCCCUGAUGCUGGUAAUCUGAAAGAUACAAUGUGGCUGAGCCUUAUUGGGUUGCAAAGGAGUAGCUCAGACCUGUUUUUAUUUGCUCAAUAACUUGACUCAUUUGUAUCUCUUCAGCACUUAUUUUAAUGUAAGAAAGUCAUUUGUUUUUAUAAAAUACAUGGGGACAAUGCUUUAAGUUUUUAUACUUUCUGAAACGUUUUUUUGUGUUCUAAAAGUACGAUGAGCCUUACUGUAUUUGGUGUGGCAGAGUAAUAAACAUCAGUGGCAGGCCAUUGAUUACUUCGUGACUGCCAUGCAUUUACAGAUUGGUGUCAAAGACAUUCACUAUGUUUUUACGGUUCAUAGUAUAUUCUCCUCCAGGUGAUUGCCCCCAAAGACCCCCUUCUCUCUCCAUGCUCAAGACUCAUGCGCAGGUGUAGCCUGUCCUGCUUCUGUUUCCCGUAGGUUAUCUGGGUGGUAGUUAUGGAGGGAGGGGAAUGGUCAGGAUGAAAACGAUGUUCUAAGAAAAAUUGCACCUUAGAGAUGUUUUUUUUUCUCUUUUGAAGUCAAUCAUGCUCAAACAAUAAAAUGCCCAAGGUUUAAAUGACCAGUUAGCAUUCUGACAGUCGCAAAGCUGGCCAACCAGACCUGGUGGAUAAAUGGAAAAAGUGUGUGUUCCUCUAAAUCUUCUAAUAUGAUCAGCAAGCUGUUUUGUGAAGAAGCCUCAUAUUACAGAGUUGGUCUUGCACCUAAAAUUAGAAAUGUAUUCCAUGAACUGUUCCUCCCCUCUCUGCUUUUCUCCUGUUACUCUCUUACCACACAUCUGUUGCUUGCAUUUAGUUCUCCCCCCCCCCCCUUCAAGUAGAUAUCCCAGACUGUGAAUACAGAAAAGAGACAUUGCAGCUAUGAUUAUGACCAUCGUUUUAUAUUCCAAUUUAAAAAAGAACAGCAGCCUAGCUACGUAAGGUGGGGAUUUCCACAGUUCCAAAGAAGGUUUAACAGAUCAGCAUGAGUUCCCACUUGCCAAGUGCCACUGUAGGGUUCUCUUAGCCUGGGAAAGUAUCAAUUCUUUCUUUAAAAAAUAAAAGAGGGGCGGGAGUGAGGGUUGAAAAUCGUUUUGAACAGAAGUCAUUGUGGCUGUUCCGUAAGGCCAAUUUGAACAACAAAUUUAGCGGAGGAAAAGUUCAACCUCAAGGUAAAUGGUUUGAUUUAGUCUUCGCAUCAGUAGAGGAGCCACAGAGAUUGCAUUUCUCUCUCUUAUUUUCCUUCCUUUUGGGUUGCACUGAUGGUUUUUGUGAGAAUGACACUUUACCUGGAAAAGUCACAGAGUUAAAAGUAAAAGAAUAUUUUCUUCUCUGAA